AUGAAGUUUAUUGACGAUGCAUCUGUUGAAGAUCGAAUGGAGGAACAGAUCAUUGAGGCUGUCGCUGAGAGUAUGCUGGUGGAAGCUGCUGUCGAGCUGCAAGAAGAAGCAGCUGGUGAAACUCUAGCCUUCCUUAAAACCAAAGUUGAAGCCUUAGAGGACUCCCUCUUUUCUAUGCAAAUUGCCACGGCGAUGGCUGCCUCUGCCCAGGGUACUGAAGAGAAGACUGCAGUGCAGAAAGAUGGAAAGGAUGAAGAGAAGAACGAUGUUAUUCUUGGCAAUGAAAAGAAGCAAGCCACGAGCAAGGAGGCAGUAUACGGUGGCAGCGCGCCUAUACCCACGGGAUACAUUUGCCUCUUUGUCGCCCUUGGAGCGGCGGUGGUGGUUGGGUGCCUUGUGCGAGAAGGGCUAAAGCAGCGGGCCAAUGAUCAGAAGAGAAUCGCUGCGAUGGAGAGAGAGCAAAACGAGAUGAGGCAGGAGCUGCGGGAGUAUGCCAGUGACCAGGUGAGGAUUUCGGGGAUAGAGGAGGUGCAAAAAGAGAUAGUAAAGGAAAUUCGGCAGCGGGUCAAUGACCAAGCGAGGAUUGUGGCAGUGGAGAAGGUGCAAACUGAAAUCACACGAAAACAAAGAGCCAUUGAACAGGAACAGAGAGUGAUGGAGCAAGCACAGAGGGCCAUGGCUCAGGAGCAAAACAAAAUGACACGCAAACAGACUGUCCUGGCACAGGAGCUCAGUGAGAUUUCAGAGGAACAGAUAUUUAUGGCCUGGGAGAUAGAACAGGAGCAAACCGCAAUGGAAUCAAAAUCGGCAAGAGAAAAGGCGAUGUUGAAGGAUGAGGUGGCAACCGUGAAAGACGAGGCGCACAAAGCCCAAACGAAAUCUAAGUGGGCAACCUACGCAUCUGUUCCGGGGUUGCUCUCGACGGCUGUACAAGUGGCUUUCUGGUUUUGGUGA